AUAAGAGAACCAGGAGCCAUCCCGCUCGUCACCUCCGUCCUCUUCUCCUCUUUCACAGACUCUGCAGUAUGUUCAUAAAGCUAAUGAAUCAGCAAGCAAGGCAUUGAUCCAACAGAGACGCAAAUUACUAUCUUGUCCAUCCCUGAAAAUAUAACCCCCCAGCUUAAUUUGUGUGAGCCCCUCACAUCCACAUCUCUAAGCUUUCCCUUAUCUAGGCAACAACUCCAGGGAGGGGGCUGACAGAGAAGAGAAGGAGGCAGUCUUGGUAGGACGGUCCAUGCACCAAACACAUAUAGUCCUUAUAGAUCCAGCGUAUCUGCGUGUGAGCCUUCAUCCAGCAGCAGCAGGGAGAGCGGAGAACAGCGCUGUCUGUACAGCGUGCUCUGCUGUAACACUAGAUCCUGACUCAGCUGGGAUCCUGAGCACAGACUGCGGAUCACCUCUGCAUUGCUCCUUUCUGCACCAGCAGCUGGAGCCUGCAGGGACAUCACCUAAACUUGUCCCCCCCACCUCAUCCCGAACACGGACCCUGUCACUCCCAGCCGGGACACCCAAAAGUGGACAUGAAGAUAAGCUUGCUGCCCCUCAUAGUGCUGGCUCUCGCUUCCCAUGCUUUAACCUCCAAUGUUGAAGAAAAUUCAAAGGAAAAGAAGAGUUUAAGGGUGAAGAUUGAAAAUUCUACUACCAAAGCAGUGUUGUCUGGCACACUCACCAUUCCAUGCCACAUCACGUACCAGUCACCCCCGGAAGGUGUCAGUGCCGGUCGACGUGCGGUGUUGGCCACCCCUCGGGUGAAAUGGACCUUUAUCUCCAGUGGGAAAGAGGUGGAAAUCUUGGUGGCCCGGGGCCACAAAGUGAAGAUCAGUGAGGGGUACAGAUCACGCGCCUCCCUGCCCCACUACUCAUCCUCAGCCUAUAAUGUCACCUUAGUCCUGAGAGAGCUGAUAAGCAACGACUCUGGGAUUUACCGCUGCCACGUGCAACACGGGAUCGAAGACGACUCUGCCAUGGUGGAAGUAAAGGUGAAAGGUGUUGUGUUCCUGUAUCGUGAAGGGACCACCCGUUAUGCGUACACUUUCCCCAUGGCUCAAGAGUCAUGUGCACGAAUCAAGGCCCACAUUGCCACAGCAGACCAGCUGUUAGCCGCCUACCACAGUGGCUAUGAGCAGUGUGAUGCUGGAUGGAUUGCUGACCAGACCGUCAGAUACCCCAUCCAGACACCACGAGAGGGUUGCUAUGGAGAUAUGGAUGGAUACCCAGGAGUGCGGAAUUACGGAGUGCUGGAACCCGAUGACUUGUACGAUGUUUACUGCUAUGUGGAGGAACUGUACGGUGAGGUAUUUCUGGGUUCUUCCCCCAACAAAUUCACCCUGGAGGAAGCCAGAGAGCACUGUAGAAGAAUAGACUCUGAUUUGGCCACCACAGGACAGCUCUAUGCUGCAUGGAAUGACGGACUGGACCACUGCAGCCCAGGCUGGCUGUCUGAUGGAAGUGUGCGAUACCCGAUCGUCACGCCAAGAGAGAAGUGCGGCGGGAACUCACCUGGGGUCAAGACUAUCUUUCAGUUCCGGAAUCAGACCGGCUUCCCAGAUACCCAGGCAAAGUACGACGUGUACUGUUUUACAGGUAAAAGCUCCAUCUCAACACAAGAAUCUGACGAAAGUCUUCCAGCUCCAGGAGAACGAGUUGGAAAAGUUAUUACAGUUACUGAAAGCUUUGAGGAAUUGAAACUGCCUGAAGUGAAAGCAGAAAAUGAAGCCCAGGGUUCAGUAGAUUCUAUACCAUUGAACAAGACGGAUGUCACAAGUCUAAAGGUAGCAGAUGUGGAGAGUGCAACAGUUCCCAAGGCCCAGCAAGAGUCACCACCACACCCACCAGCACCGACUGUGGAAAGUUUUGCCAGCGAUGAGGAUCUGUCCCCUGCUAUUGCAAGCUUUCCUCCAUUUGAAGAUAAUUCUGAGGAAAGUGAAGACACUACAAUGACUGAUGCCAUCACAAAGCCCAUUCUAGAAAGGUCUCCAGAAGACAAUCUUGAAGUGGUCACAGAGUCCACGGGAAGUCCAUCUGAAGGACAUGCUCUGCCAACUGCAGGUGACACGAUCUUAGAUGUUACAUUUGUGAAUGUAAAUGCAGACAAUGAUUAUGACGACGUUACUGGCUCGGUGCAGGAAAUGGGAGUUAUGGUGUCAGAGUCAGCCGGACACUUCCAUAAUGACAGCACACCUGAACCUACACACGUUUCAGAAAGAGACCAGACAGUGGACGCAAACAACCAGACAAGUCAAGGGGCUGUAAAUGUGACAAAGGCAGAUAAUAGUUCCGCCCAUGUUGUUCCAACCCUUUUUUCCUCUAUUUUAGAGGCUGGUGUAAACCAUAGAGAUGCCAAUACCACAUUAGCAGAAGAGUAUGAUAAUCAGCAUGUUAACAGUUCAUUAGAAGCCCCCAUCACACACACAUUUCCCAGUAUAACCACUGAACAAAAUAACUUUGAGGCAUCUGGGCAUGAAGAUCACUUGUUGCUGACAGAACAACUUCAACAUCCAAAUACUGUCAGAAGUUCAGUGGAGGAAAUGGUCUCUGGUGAUCACAUCAGUGGUACACCAGAUGACAUUACAGAUACUCACAUCAUAGGCUCAAACCUAGUGCUCACAACAGCUAGUACCACAUCAUCCCAGCCAAAAAGAGAUAACAGCCCUAAAUUGUCCUGGGAGGAUGGAAGUGGCGAAGUCCAAGAGUUCACAAGGGAUAAUGCUGAUGCAAAUAAUACUCAAAACCAUGCAACAAAUACAACUGAACACCAAGAAGGUCCAAACAAUACAACACUUACAGCUGCGUUUGGCGUGCAAAUUCAAUAUGGGCCAAACGAAACUUCAACGGAACAAGUGUCCCACCUCAUAAGCCCUGACGUAUCUCCAGCCAUGCCAACCAUAGGUGUAGAACAGUCAUAUGUUUAUGAGAGGAAAAAUUUUCCACAAGUAGUAGGCACAAUGGGGAGUCCCGUAGGCCUAGAAUCCAAUACAGCUGUGUCUCCUGCCCAUACAUCUUCUUUUUCACCACCCAACAAUCCCAGAAAUUCUACAAGCCACUCUUUGGAGAAGACCUUUCAGCCAACGGUGUCUAUGAGCCCAACAGAUGCUCUGCCUGCUGUUCCAACUGAGAAGGCCAUUGUUGGAUCCUCUGUGAAUUUUUCAGAUGACUGCUAUCCCAACCCUUGCGAGAAUGGAGGAACCUGCGUUGAGGAAGAUGAUGGUGAUUUCCGCUGUUUGUGUUUGCCAGGCUAUUUUGGAAAAGUCUGUGAAAUAAAUGUAGACAAGUGUCUGGAUGACUGGGACACAUUCCAGGGAUUUUGCUACAAGCAUUUUUAUACUCGUAAAAGCUGGGAAGAAGCUGAGACCCACUGCCGUCAUUAUGGGAGUCACCUGAUGAGCAUCGUGACCCCCGAAGAGCAAGACUUUGUGAACAACAAGUACAAGGAAUACCAGUGGACGGGCCUAAAUGACAGGACCAUAGAAGGGGACUUCCAGUGGUCAGACGGGAAUCCUCUGCUCUACGAGAACUGGAACCAAGGACAACCUGACAGUUACUUCUUGUCUGGUGAAGACUGCGUGGUAAUGGGAUGGCACGAUGGUGGUUCCUGGAGUGACGUUCCCUGUAACUAUCACCUCCCAUACACCUGCAAAAUGGGCCUGGUGUUCUGCGGCACCCCCCCUGAAGUGGUCAAUGCCACUACGUACGGCAGACCGAAAACAAGAUACCAGAUCGGCUCGGUGGUGGGAUACCGAUGUGACGAAGGUUUCGUCCAGCGCAACUCUCCCAUCAUCAAGUGCCAAAUGGAUGGUGUAUGGGAGGAGCCGCAGAUAAACUGCUUGCCUACGCUACAGUGAUGUGAUUCCGCCCAGCGUCCUGUCUCCUCACACCGGUGGCGACACGUACUGUGCCCUGCGGCCGCAGAAGAAGCCUCGCUCGGCCAACAAGUGACUAAAGUUUCGCCACAGGGAGGUGCUACAUUUACCAUUAGACUCUGGCCAGUUCUGUCCAACGCUGGCUGACUGCGGCAAAAGUACUUUUAACCCCUCCACUGCCACAUUGCCAAUGGAGACAGAUCUGUGGUUAUUUAUACUGGACGGCAGGAAUUUAGUGUCGAAUUAGUAUCUAAGGCUGUUUUUAGGUGAAAGUAGUCCUGGACAGCAAGCGAUAGGGCUAGCUGCAACCCUACACACACACACACACACACACACACACACACACACACACACACACACACACACACACACACUGCAUAUAGGUCCGUCCCUCCCGCUCAUCCACCUACUUUAUGUUUGCAGAUGGAGCCACGUUUAUCUUGGCUUCUCUGCUGCACCUAGGCACACCAUGGUUUAUUAGCAUAGACCCUUCACCUAUUAUUCUCAGUUGCAAUACAAUACAGAGAGAACAAUACAUCAGGGGAUUAAGUCAUUACAGCAGGGGAUUAAGUGUGACUGGCCAGUCUCAGUUAAUCCUAUUAAAGGCCAAGAUAAUGAUGACUCCAUCUGUAUGAAUUUGACUUUGAAUGUACAAGAAAAGCCAUGCUGCCAGUCCAACACCAACCUAUACGGAUUUUCAUUCAUGUUCCGUCAUGGUAGAAGCGCAUAGGCAUUCCUAACAACCGUCCCGAUUUUCACUAUAACAUACGUGGCCUUACUUGAAAUUGGUGUGUCCGGACCUGUCCUAACUUGUCCCUGUUUUCCAUCCGGCCGCAUGGGGAACUAUUCAUACAAGCCAAGUGUGUGGAGGGACCAGGCGAUCCAGAUUAGCAUACGCUGCAGCCACACAUAUUAUUACCCUGCUCUUUCCUGAAAAUUGUUGAGACUGUACAAACAGAGAUAGAUGGAAUAUGGUACAAGAUGGCUUCCUCCGUCCAGGACCUCACAUUACUGACAGGCACAUCCUGGACAUUCUCACCUUUUUUUCUACAUUUUGUUCCACACCCAUGGCACUUAACCCUUUCUCCUCUGUGAAAACAAUUAGAGGGAGAUUUAUAAACGCUUGGAGAGAGAUACAGUAUCAGCCAAUCAGCUCCUACCUUCCAUGUUACAGGUUGUGCUUGAAAAAUAACAGCUAGGAGCUGAUUGGCUAGUACUUUUAUCUCUCUCCAAUGCUGUGUAACCAAUCAGCUCCCAACUGUCACGUUACAGGCUGUGGUUGAAAAAUGACAGGAGCUGAUUGGUUGGUACUUUAUCUCUCUCCAGUUCAUCUCUCCUAGCUUUUAUAGAACUCCCCCUAAGUUGGGAGGUAUGGCACUGAUUGGCUGCGUUCUCACUUCUCUUGGCUCCUCUAACAAAUUCUGCUUCCACUGUGCUUAGGAGACAAGUGAAUUUGAAUACUCAAUGAUUUAUAUUGUGUAGCUCUUUGUACUAGUUGUGUGUGGGCAUUGCGCUGCAUUUUUAUACAAUUUCUAAUGUAUGUUAUACCACUGAAAUAACAACAUUGCAGGUUUGCAGGUAAAGCCACUGUUUCACAUUGCUAUGUGUCAAAUGAUGUAUUACUGAGGGGGAAUAACUUGUACAUGAAAUAAAUGAACUGUUUAUACUUC